UUUUGCAAGCAACCUUAAUUUUUCAUAGACAAUCUAUUAUUUCAAUGAUAAAAAGGUACUCAGCAAGGGACGCUUAACCUUAAUACAGUUUAAUUGGCAAUCAAUACGGUAUUCAAUCUAAAUAACAUUAAUAGCGAUUUAAAUUGUCUUCAUCAAAAUUAAUUUACCCAAGACUUUUUAAUAACAGGACUAUGUCCGUGUUCAAACAUCGAUUAAAAAGACGAUUUUAUUUUUGCUAUAGUAACUUUUUUUCCACCAAUCAUUGACCAGCUCGCAACGAGUUGCUUUCCUAUUCGGCCAAUUAAAAUGUGAUUGACACUUUGAAGUUUAGUAAAUGUUACCACAUCGAUUAUCAUCAUACUUUAUUUACCUCGUGCCUUUCGGUUCUUUGCCUCAGCCUUAGUAAUAAUUAAUUUUUCAAUGAUAGCAACUUUUAAUGUUGCCAAUUGAAUGAAAUUGAACACAAAUCCAUAAAAUAAAAAUUAUACUGGUAAAAUGUAUGAAAAUAUUGUAAGAAAGAUUAAUCUCAUCAAAGAAUUUACUACACCUUUCCUUUGUCGGCCAAAAUAUUUAGAAUAGAAGUUUGUUAAUGAGUGCGCAUAAAACAGUUGUGUUUUAUUUAAACACUUGAUACUGGAUAGGGAAAAGUAGGAAAAUGUUUUCCAUAAUAAUUUAGGAAUAUCAGUGAAUUUACAAUGAGUGUAGUUUGAAAUGGUUGUGGCUGAUUUAUAUGAUGUGUAUCUAUAAAUAAACUAGGCAGGAUGGCGAGGGAUGGGGACUUGCCGACUAUUUUCAAUCCUAAACGAGUUCGCGCACCAUCUGUGAUAAUAACAAGUGAAGAGGUGGUAGAGAGUGAACGUGGUGGUGGUGACGGGGACAGGGAUCGUCCGAAUGGUCCUCCGACGCCGCUAAGCCCCCGGGCUCCCCUCACGCCGCAGGUCUCCGUGUGUUCUGCUCCUCCCCUGACGACGCAACCGUCGCUGCAGCAGGCGUACAGCGAGUCAGCCACUAGCAGCCAAGAUGAAGAGCGACAGCUGCGCGAUAAGAAAUGCCCUCGAUCUUGUUGCUCAAAAUUUGCUAAAAAGAUAUACUAUGGCAUUUGUGUGAUGCUGACGCUAACAGCAAGCUGGGUAACCAGUACUCAUUGCAUCAAGCAUAUGUACCUCGAGGAGUAUCCGCCACACACCCAUGGAUUAGUUUACAGCACAGAGUCAUCUCCCUUGGUCAACAACUUCACAUCAAGGCACCAUUCUCAUCAUCUGUACAAUGCCCCAUUCUUCACAGCAUGGUUCUGUACAAACUGGUUGAUAUUCUUCUACCCUCUUUACUUGAUAGUGAUGCUCAUUCACAACAAGUGCAAGUCAGCCAAUGACAUAGUGUUUGAUGCCUUCAGUGAUUUUAAGGAAAAGGGGUUUACUUUUGCGCGAUUUAUAAGCCGAUGUGGACUCUUCUGUUUACUAUGGGUAGUAACAAUCUACAUGUACACCUAUGCCCUGAAGAUCUUGCUCUCCACGGAUGUACUCGCGCUGUUCGCUACUAACGUUUCAUGUAUCUAUCUGUUAUCCUGGGUUAUUCUGCAUGAACAGUUUGUGGGUGUACGGAUAGUGGCAGCCAUACUAUGCGACACGGGUAUAGCUCUCCUAGCCUACAUGGACGGCAUCACUGGCAGUUCCACCCUCGGGGGAGUGGUGCUCGCUGCGUGCGCCGCCGCUGGUUUUGCUAUAUUUAAGGUAUUAUUCAGGAAAGUUAUGGGUGAGGUGAACUCUGGUCAGCGAGCGCUGUUCUUCUCGAUUCUCGGGAUAGUGAACGCGUCACUGCUGUGGCCGCUGUGCUUGGCUCUUUACCUCACGGGAUCGGAGAUGCUGCCUUCACAUCGUAUGCCUUGGAUAUACCUCCUUGUUGCUAGUAUAGCGCUGCUCAUUUUCCACCUGGUAUUUCAGUUCGGCAAUAUCAUAACAUACAAUAUCUUCGUCUCGCUUGCUCUUAUCACUGCUGUACCAGUAUCAGCAGCAUUGGAUGUGGUUCUAUAUGGAGUACAGUUUGAAGGAAUGAACUUGGCUGGAUUAAUACUGAUCGGUGUUGGGUUCUUCUUAGUCAUGUUCCCGGACAACUGGCCUGAUUAUAUCAUGAGGCUUUUGAGAUGGAGCCGCAGUCGGCAGCGCGGCAACAACGGCACGGGCCGCAACCGCGACGCGAUGGACUACCGCACCGGCUACAUACGCUCGCACCUGCGCUCGCCCUCCGGCCGCGUCAGGUGACCGCCCGAGCCCCAAUAGCACCCGCUACACGUCGUGGUCACCUGCGACGGGCGACUCUACGACGCUAUGCGGAAAUCUGUCUGAACUAUAGACGAAACUUAAAUCGAAACAUACACUUUGCUUCUAGAAUAGGACGGCAUAUGACGGAUCAGUACAACGAAAUGGAAAUCUGUCUAAGUUUUGAGAAAAGCACGUGUUUGAAUGGAUUGCGACGAAGCAGAUAUAUUAUGUUCAAUCGCAUACACAUAAUACGCUUGCAUUUAGAUUAGGAAAGCCUACAUGCUGUUGUAUUGUGUAACAGAUUACUCUCGAUAAUAUCCGGAAAUUGUUUGUCGUGAAAUAAGAUUAAGUCCGCUCAUAAUCUAAAAGCACUUUGUAGUGCCAGUAACUACGGAAAUUCGAUUUUGAAAUCAGUAAGUGAUGCAAAUAAAAACACAUUUAAACAGAAUAGCCCAGUAAACAGAUAUUCGAAAUAACUGUUAAGUUUAAAAUAUUGUUCUGUUAAGUUUUAGCGGUUUCUUUAGCUCGUUGUAUAGAAUGAUAAUAUUUAUUUAUAUAGUAAGUAACUAGGCGUUCUCAUAAGCGAAAGAUUAUCGAUAUUAAUUAGCGCUUAGGCAUUUAAACAGUACGAAAGUUUAAAAAAUAUAUUCGGAUAUUUAUCAAAGCCGUAUCGAAUUACGGUAAUAUUUACAUUAAAAUAAAAACACUAGCUUAUUAGUAGCAUUAAAACACAAACAAAUAAUUCGUACCUCGUGAUACUGUCCAAAUCUGUCCAUUGUCAAUAAUCCAAUAACCCAGAGUAUAUAAAUUCUAUUUAUUAUCCUGUGAGUAACUUGUACUAGCGGUUUCUAGAAAGAUUUAGUUAAGACGGUACUUUGCACUCGUAAAUUAUCCUUACUAAUGGUUCUUGCAUACUUAUCUCGGUGUUGUGAUACCCACCCGUAGAUUAUAGAGUAGGUAUUGGACGAUUAAAGGUAUGAUAGACAAAAAAUAUAACAUUAGUACUGCCACUGAUUAUAUUAUAAAUUAUAAUAGUCAUGACAUCAUGGCGUUCUUCGUAUUCGCGGCAGAAAUCACUAACAUAGCUAUUGGUCGAUUGCAUGCGCGUCAUCACAGCUUCAACCAAUCAUAGGCGAAAUACUAUUCGUGAAUGAUCGUGUUGUCUCUCUCUAUGAAUACGAGUUUUACCGAUGUAACUUUUAGUAGUCGAAAGAGUCGAAACUAAGGAAUGAGGCGUCACAUUUUACCAGUUUCAUUUUUGAUACGACAGUUUGGCAAGACAAUAAUAAUAUAGAAACUGACAAUAUCGAUUGGUUCAGGUUAGGCGGCGUUCCUUUAUCAUGUAGUCACUAUUCAUACCUUUAAAAGUCCCUAGAAAUUGGCUUCCGAGUGUAACAUAUUACUCGAUCUCAAAGAAUCUAGUCAAAUAUUAUAGUCAGGGUAAAUUAUAUAAUUAGAUGUAACGAAAAUUUUAUAUUAUGAAACGAGCAUGUGGUAAUAACACUGGAUGCUAUGCCGCUUCUAUGAGGGUAAUCGCAAGCUGUGUAGGUAGGAGGUUGGCAAUCAUUUAAGACAGAAAUGGUAUAAAAUAAAUAUUGAAUACUGAUCAGAUUAACCUCUAUGUUGCUCAUACAUCGUCGCGGCGAUCAGUAUUAUGACGUGGGUGGUUUUUGCAUAUCAGUUAUCGUUAUAAAUGGCGUACGUCGCAGUUGGCGUCCCUAAACAAAUAGUUCUAAUCAUUAUUACAUGCAGAAUAAACGCCCAAUCCUUAGGCGUUUGGUCAUUCAAUGGAUUUUGCUAAAAACCAUUUCUAAAAAGGUAUUUCGGUUUUUAAACCUAUGGAUCAUCGCGAUCUUGGAUGAGCAAAUAACUUAAAACUUUUCAUCUAUGUAGUUUAUGAAAUCUUUCUAAAUUAUUCUUACAUUGGAAGGAAUUAAUGAAUUCAUUCUACAUCAUAAUCAAAGUACAUGAAUUAACCAAAACAUUGAUCUAACAAAUUCAACCUUAAGUCAUUUAUCUUAAAACUUAUAUUUGUCUUUGAUCGUGAAGAAUUCCGAUCUUAUUGUAUCAAGAAGAAGAUCAUUAGAAAAAACUUCCUAUCCCUUUGUUGUCUAUAAAUUCUUACCUAUUCGUCCUUAGCAAACACUAGUUUGUCACUAGUACGAGACGAACACAUUUUUCCUAUAUGAUCGUAAGUAUUACAACCGCCCCAAUGUAGUGUUAAUUCAUAUAUUGUAGCACUCUAAUAAUAAUCAUGAAUGUAGCGUAGUUGUUAGUAUCACGGUCCGUUUUCGGAUGUUUUAUAGUAUGUGAGUUACGACGGUUUUAUAUGGAUUCAAGUUUGUGAUCUUUGGAAAUGAACAGCUGAUGUAUUGUUAUUGUUUAUCGUGCAUACACGUGAAAAAAUAUGGAGGGACUUACUGCUGCAUUCAGAACUAAUACUCAACAUUCAGGUUGGGGACUACUCACAUUUAUAAAAUUUUGCUUAUGCUCAUAGAAAACAAGUAUUUUGUAUGGACGUGUUCAAAUGCGGAAGUCUUCACUGAACAAACGCGUUUACCUACAACACAUAUUUUUUUUUUCUAUGGAUACGAGCUGAGUAGAGCGAAAUAAAUGUAAGUAAUCCCUUAAGUCGCGCAUAAGUGUUGUGUUAUGCUAUGGGUCGUUUGUGAAUACAGCUAUUAUGUACUAAACACUCACAUUCCAAACUGUUUUCCUAUAUGCAUUUGUUGAGUUGAUCUCACUAUCUCAAUCUUGAAAGUACAAGGUAACAAAAAAAUCUCAUUUAUUAAUUUUACGUGUAUUUGCGAAUGACGUGGAUUGUUGCGUUACGUCAAGGAUAUCGAUAGUGUGAUGUCGUUCACAUGUUACACGGUGACGAUUCUGCGAUAGGCCGAUUCGUCAAACUAUUGCAUAUUGCAUAAGACUAGCGCAGGCUUAAGUGAUGACGAAAACAAUAGACGCUCAUAUUAUACCAUGAAAUUAUUUCACGUUUAUAGUGUAAUGGAUUUUAAUAGGCUCGUCGCAAUGAUGCCUAAAAUACGCAGGUGAUAUACGUCAAUCGAAUGAAUGCCCGUAACAUUGUUUACUAAGUGUAAAUUGACGGUAGUACGAAAUACCUAGUUACCUAUUUUCUUGUGAAAUAAUUUCAUGGGAGGCCUUACAAUAGUGAAUAGACAAUGUCAGACUUGCAUGCAGCUCACACAACCCGAACAGCUUCACAAAACGCCUGGAUUUCAGACUGUGCAAUCAUGAAUUUUAGGUAAGUAAGUAACAUGUAAACGAGAUCUGUUUUAGGUUCGUAUAAAGUGAUUGGAAAAUAUGAUAAAAAUCUUAAUAAAAUAAUAACAUUAAUACAUUAAAAUUUAAAGUAUUUAACUCACAUGUUGACCAUUGUUUUGAUGGUUUGUUUAUUGUUACGUGCCUUUACCAAGUUGUAGUGUGAACGCACCUCUGUUGAAACCCGCUGAACAUGUGACGUCACUUUCAUAGUAGUUAUAUUUAUCGUCAAAUAUAGUAUGAUCUCAUUAUUUAAUCUAAGUUAUGAUAUUCUAGUAAUAACUAUCCCAUGACUACCCCUUUGCUAUAUAUUUUCAUUUGUUGUUAUAUACCUUCGACGUAAUUGAUUGUUGUUUGUAAUACAGCCCAAUGAGGAUCAUUAUGGACUUUAAAAUUUGUUAUACCAUCGCAAAAAAGGAAGUUAAUGUCUCUUGGAUUUUUUUGUUGCGUAAGGUGGGUAGACAGAAAUUACUUUUCGCCCAUUGUUCGAUGGAGAUGAAAAUAGAAUUAUUGCUCAAACUGGUGGUUAAUCUGGUAUUGUUUUUAUACAUUCACGUUUCUUAAGUCCUUAAUGAUCCCUGUCGGCCUGUACGUGUGUUACUAUGAUUGGCGCGUUUGCGGCUGUAUGUUGUAACGUCUUAGCUCAAUGUCUCUGUUGUGACUGAUGUUUUGUACGAUGCUUACUGUAGAUACCUUAUUAUUUUUGUAUAGUUCUUUUAUUUUAGACGAAUUGUAAUUCCGUGAUUUUGAAAUUCGAUUACAUAAAUCUUAAAUCAUGACACUAAAAUUAUAAUAUAAACACAAAACUUUUGUAAAUUAAAGAUCUCAAAUAUUGACGUUAAAAUUUUGUACAUUGGUUAUUGUUUCGACAGUCUUUAUUGCUCGUUUUAAUUGUAAAAUUUUAAAGACUGAAUUAAAUGGAAGUUGACUAAAAUUCAAUUAUGCAGUCAUGGAUGUUAGUCUAGUCGAUAGUUUAGGUAUUACUUAUGAUAAUAGGUAUUUUAUUCGGUACGUAGAGUACGUAGGGUCGUAUGUAUUUGUGUCUAGAGUUAGUGAUACUGGUAACUUGUAUUAGGACACGUGACGAGUAGCAGCAACCUUGUGUAUGUCUUACAUUACCUGUAGCGAACACGAGAUAACACCUUGGCCCCUGUGAUUCAUUUUGUUAGUUAAUGUAGCAGUAAUUUGUUGGUCAUGAAAUAAAUUUGUCAUAAAA